GGUCAUAAAAAAAACACACUAAACUGAUACGAGUAAUACUAUUAUAAUAAUCUGCUCGUUAAAACCUCUAUCUAUCUAUGAUAUCAAUACUCAUGCCUAAACUCAUCAUCAUCAUCUUCAUCAAUAUCUCAAACUAAAAAUUAAAUCAUUCGUUUCCAAAAUAUUAAUUAAUUUAAAUAAUAAAACAGUAAGAAUAAUGAAAGAUCGGCGGAAACGUGGCCCUAUUCUUCUCAUCUCUCGCUUAGCCUUAGCUUUCCUCUUCUUCUUCUUCUUCUGCCUCUCCUUUCCAACUUUCCGUCUCCUCUUCACCGAAAGGUAUCAUCCGUACUUGGUAUCAUCAUGGAGAGCAUCACCGGCAGAGUUUAUAUCAACUGAUUUACCAGCGGCGCGUGAUAUACACGUGGCCGAAACGGUAUCCUUUCCAGACCAGGUAUUAAUAUUACUAAAAUACCCUCGGUUAAGUCCUCUGUUAACAAAAAACGAAAUCACCUGUUUAUAUUCAUAUCCAAACACGUCUCACCGGAAGACUUUUCCGUUAUCGGUCAACGGUAAGUAUAAGGAUCACCAAAUAGUUGGGUGUGAGGUUCCGCCACGUGGCGUGACGCUAUUAGUUAGUUUAGUAAAUGGAUAUAAAAAUCUAACUGUGGGACCUACACAUGACUGGAAAUCGUUAGCAUAUGAAGCUGUGAUUGAUAGAGAGAAUGAGAAUACGACUGUUGUGUUUGUUAAAGGAUUGAAUCUACGGUCAGGAAAGGCUGAAAAUGCUUCUAGAUAUGAGUGCGUGUACGGUUCAGAUUUAAGUAAUAAGGAAUUGAUGGUGACAUCACAAGUUGUAUCUAUAGCUCAAGAGAUUGUACGGUGUAGAACACCUUUGAAUAUUUUAAAUGGCCCACAAAGAGGGGAGGUUGGAAGUGUGAAAGUUUCGGUGAAGGUCAGAGGGAAGGGGGUUUUGGGGUCAAUAGCCCGGCCCGAGUUUUGGGCCGGAGGUGGUUUGAUUCGUGAUCAGAUGUGUGUAUGUACUAUGUUAAGAAACCAAGCGAGGUUUUUACGCGAGUGGGUUAUUUAUCAUGGAAGAAUCGGGGUUGGGCGUUGGUUUAUAUAUGAUAAUAAUAGUGAUGAUGAUAUUGAAGACGCGAUUGAUUGGUUAGUUGAUCGAGGUUACAAGAUUAAUAGACAUGUGUGGCCUUGGAUUAAGACUCAAGAAGCUGGGUUUGCACAUUGUGCGUUACGGGCUAGGGAUUUUUGUGAAUGGGUUGGGUUUAUUGAUGUGGAUGAGUUUUUGUAUUUGCCGUCUGGGGUACAGCUGGGAAAUGUGAUUAGCAAUCUAACUAGUAGGGCUGAGGUUGCAGAGUUAAGAAUAUUGUGUCAUAACUUUGGACCAUCGGGUCUGAAAAAAGUCCCUCCAGAAGGAGUGACAGUGGGAUAUACUUGUCGGUUGGGCCUUCCCGAGAGACACAAGAGUAUAGUCCAACCGGAGAAACUGAACCCGACAUUGAUCAACAUGGUGCAUCAUUUUAAUUUAAAAGACGGGUUCAAGCAUGUGAAUGUGGACAGAAAUUCGAUGGUGAUUAAUCACUAUAAGUUUCAAGUAUGGGAAGUGUUCAAGGAGAAAUUCUACAGGAGAGUAGCCACUUAUGUUACUGAUUGGCAACAAAAGGAAAAUGUUGGCUCUAAGGAUCGGGCCCCUGGUUUGGGAACCCGACCCGUUGAACCAGAUGACUGGUCAAGUCGGUUUUGUGAGAUCAAUGAUACAGGUUUAAAGGAUUGGGUCGUAAAGACGUUUAAUGACCCAUAUGCGGGUAUACUACCAUGGCAACAAGAAGAGAUAGUUUUGUGAACAUUUUAUGCUUAAUAUUGAUGGAGGCAUUAGAUAAUUUGAUCAAAAGAUUCAAAACUCAAUGUAUAAAUGAUACUGUGGUAUAUUAUAAUCAUCAAAUGCGUAUAUAUAUAGCGUAUACCAUGUUUUGUUUAUGGAUAAUUUGAGUAGCAAAAGGUGAGAAAUAAGAACCUGUACUCCACUUU